CUUUUUUUUUUGAGUGACAGCGUCACCAUGGCGAAUAAUUCCACGCCGGGCUAUUGUCUAGUGCGCGCCGUCCCUGGGCUCGGGUGACCGACCAAUCAGGCUCCGCGUCCACGCGUGUUUGCCUGCUUGGAAUAAUAUUUUUAAAAGGGAGCUCCGUCACGAGCGCUGCAUGAGAAGCAGGAGGCGCAGGAGGACGAGAAGAGCAAGAGUGGCAACUUUUUCUUCAGCUCUUUCCCGCAUGCAGCAACUCUGGAGCAAGGACUGACUUUGUUGUUUAUUUAAUUUUUCCCUCACUCGCCAGUCGCCACUCGCGCACACCCCCGCCCCAUGGCCGGAGCGGAGCGUGACCUGAUCGCGGACUUUGGGCGUUGAGCGAGCGGGGUUCCCCCCGCGGGCACAACUCGGGGCGCCAUGUCCAUGCUGCCGACUUUCGGCUUCACGCAGGAGCAAGUGGCGUGCGUGUGCGAGGUGCUGCAGCAGGGCGGCAACAUCGAGCGCCUGGGCCGCUUCCUGUGGUCACUGCCGGCGUGCGAACACCUGCACAAGAACGAGAGCGUCCUGAAGGCCAAGGCGGUGGUGGCCUUCCACCGCGGCAACUUCCGCGAGCUAUACAAGAUCUUGGAGAGCCACCAGUUUUCGGCGCACAACCACCCUAAGCUGCAGCAGCUGUGGCUCAAGGCGCACUACAUCGAGGCGGAGAAGUUGCGCGGGCGGCCGCUGGGUGCCGUGGGCAAGUACCGGGUGCGCCGCAAGUUCCCGCUGCCGCGCUCCAUCUGGGACGGCGAGGAGACCAGCUACUGCUUCAAGGAGAAGAGCCGCAGCGUGCUGCGCGAGUGGUACACGCACAACCCCUACCCGUCCCCGCGCGAGAAGCGCGAGCUCGCCGAGGCCACUGGACUCACCACCACGCAGGUCAGCAACUGGUUCAAGAACCGACGCCAGCGAGACCGCGCCGCCGAGGCCAAGGAGAGGGAGAACAACGAGAACUCAAACAACAAUAACAACAACAGCAGCAACAACAACAGCAGCAGUAACGCACUGACUUCGUCGCUGAACGGAAAUAAAACUCUUUUGGGCAGCUCGGACGAGGACAAAACGCCCGCGGGCACGCCGGACCACCACACGUCGCCCAGCCCUGCACUGCUGCCUGGCUCGGCCGGCGGCCAGCUGGCCCCCUUGCACGGCCUCCCGCCCCCGCCCGGACCCAGCGCCGUCCUGGUGUCCGGAGGUGGCGGCGGCGGCGACUCGGCCCACCAGCACCACCAGCACCACCACCACCACCAUCAUGCUCCCCAUCAUCAUCAUCUUCUUCCUCACCACCACGGGUUACACCAUGACACCAUCCUCAACCCCAUGUCGUCCAACUUGGUGGACCUGGGUUCGUAGAGGAAGGCAAAGGAGGACACACGUUUACCCUUUUUUUAUUUUUAAAUAUAGAAUAUGCAGAAAUGUGCCAGUGGGAUUUUUGGGGGCGACCGAAAAGCACUUAAUAAAGGAAGCCGUUUUCUCUUCAAUUGGCUACAAAGGUGAGGCGGGUCCAUUUCGGUGGAAAAAGACCGAAGAGCAAAAUGUAACUCGCCAAAUUGUUCAAAACAAUUCAAAUCGUACAAAAUGUCUUAAUUGUUGCUAAUUCUUGGUAGGUGGAUUAGUUUUGUUUUUCUUCGUUUACAGGGUUUUGCAAGAGAGCCCAACUUUUUUUUUUUUUUUUUUUUUCAUGCGGGGAGUGAAAUGCGAGUCGUACGUCCUCCUCAAGUGUCUUAUAAAUAGAGCCGAAAUAUCUUUGAGUAAUCUCUUGAUACUAUGAUGGUGAUUAUUAUUAAUAUUGUUUGGACGAAAAAAAAGACUGCAUGUGAAGUUGACAUGAUGAAGCCUCAAAGGGGUCGCCUAUAGUUUCUUAUAGCCUUUACAAUAAAAACACAAGAAAUGUGCAUUAACUUGGACCAUUUCUUUCAUUUGACGCCCCCCCCCCCCCCUUCCCCCCAUUGUUUGAUAAAUCUCAGCAAAGCUCACAAACAAACCACGCGGGAAAUUACUGGAUUUUCUAUUUGAUUUUACGAUAUUUUGUCCCUUUUGUAUGUUGUCUUAUCUUGUAAAAGAAAAACUAAAUAGAGAUCAGUUCAACAUUAAUUUGAAAGUUUUCAAUUCAUUUCCAUUCAGCCUAAAUGAAAGAUGUUAGCUAUAUUUUGUAUGUCCUAUUCAAAUGUGAAAUUUCCCAAAUGUUGUUUGAAAGUAACACAAAUAUUUGAUACAAAUGAAUUAAAUGUAAACUGAACGAAUUAAGUGAAGCCUAGCUAAUGUUCUAUUUUACUUAUUCUAAUUGUAGGAAUGAGUUGAAGGAAAAGUGCUUUCCAUGAGUUGAAUUCAUUUUUUUAUCAAAAUUGUUCACUUGAAAAUAUAUAGGAAAUCACGAUGACGUCGCCGCUGUCCCAUUUUGGUGUAAAUGUUAAUCUUGUGUUUUGUAGAGGCUCAUAGUAAAAAAAAAAAAAAAAAAAAAAGAAGCAUUGUCAA